CCAGGAGAAACAGGGAGUUUGUACGACUCUCCGGGCCAGGCAGGGAGUCUUCAAAAACAAAACAAUAGCUGGCUGUAGCGUAGUGCAGCUGGUCUACAGGCGCUAGGCUCCGUCAUGAUCUGACCCACGGGGUCGCGAACUGCGAGGCUUCCUUUUCUGUUUUCGAUGGGAAAAAGAAAAAGCCUUGUUUAUCAUUAUCAAUCGUGUUUGUAAGCAUCGUCUUUCUGAAUAUCUAUGUGACUAUAAUGUCGAUCGCCACACAUCUGGUUUUUGCGAUUGUUUUGGUUGGAUUUGGUGUCACCAUCGCCAAAUUCCUUGUUGACUUUGACUCUGAGUAUCUACCAGUGGAGAGCAGGCAGUCGCUUCCACCAUAUCCUGCUGGUGCGGAGGAAAAUAUCUUCUGGUUUGUUCAGAUUUCUGAUAUACAUGUCAAUCGCUACUAUGAUCCGAAUCGGUCAGGGGAUUUGGAGACCUUUUGUGGUGCUCAUUUGCCGUUCAUCAGCCCUGCUCUGAUCUUAAUCACAGGUGAUCUUACCAGCCAUCAGUUCAGAGAUGAAUGGCAGCGCUAUCAGGCCGCAGUCCAUGCCAGUGGUGCUCAGGCACACUAUCCGUUUCUUGAUUUGCGAGGCAAUCAUGAUGGUUUUGACACACCGAUGAAGAGCGGCUACGACUCCCUUUACCGGUCAUUUUCUAUCCACAAUGCACCGAAGACCAGUGGUCAUGAGGCGCUCUAUGUUCACACGACGCCCUUCGGUAACUACUCAUUUGUUGCAGUUGACGCAGUGCCCAGACCGGGACCAAAGCGCCCGUUCAACUUUUUCGGGAUAAUCGACGAGGAGAGGCUGGUCAGUCUUCAACAUGCAAGAGCAUUGGCAUCAAAGAGUAACCACACUAUAUUUUACGGACACUAUCCGUCAUCGUUCAUCCACCAGCCGUACUUUGGUGCCCUUCGCUCUUUUCUUGCCGGUGGAACCGCGUACCUCAGUGGACAUCUCCAUGUUUUGGGCGGCCUUGCCGAUCACUUGUACGCGCAGCAAACCUCUGGGCAGUUGGAGCUUGAGCUGGCCGAUUGGCGUGUGAAUCGACGGUUUCGAAUUCUGGCAUUCGACCAUGACUUGUUGUCUUUUGGUGACUAUGAAUUCAAUGAUUUUCCUAUCGUACUAAUCACAAACCCAAAGAGUGCCGAGUUUCAUGUCAGGAAUAGAGAGCCCCUUGGCCGUAUGAAACACUCCUCGCACAUCAGGGUACUGGUUUUCUCCCCACGUAUCAUCACCUCUGUUAAGGUAUUCAUUGAUGGGAGAGCGCUAGGCAAUGCUGUGCCGACGUCGACUGGCUCGCAUCUGUACGUGAUACGCUGGUCGCCCAGUGACUACAGCGAGGGAUUUCACACGGUCACUGUGGAAGCGUCGGACACUAAGUUCAAAGCCAAGAUGGGACAUGUCUUCUCUCUGGAUAACAGCCGUGUGAAGCUGCGCUGGUUUCCGACAGCAAUAUUCCGCCUCGAUCUGGCAUUUAUGUUCAAGCUGGCGUUUGUCGGUGCCUGGUUAGCAGUGAUUGCAGUGCUGUAUGUAGCAAGAUGGCACCCCAGACUGGUAUUGCCGUCCCCCAGCAGCCAUGCGUGGAAUUGGUUUCCGUCAACUAGGCGAGGGCUGUGCUGCUUUGCAAAGGAUCUCCCUUUAUUGACAUGCUUUUGUACUGCCCACAUCUAUGUUGGUCUUGGCCCUUGCCUCGUUGCAGAGUUACUAACGGACCACUACGGCCUGGUGUUCUUUCAUGGUGUCUUUGUGGAGGGUCACUUUCUGCCCGGUUCAUUAACUUAUUUUUACGGCUUCUUACAGAUAAUGAUAUUCCACUGUAUGCUGUUGCUGCACUUUUCAUGGCUGCUGGACCACAAGCAGAGGAAAUCUCAUCACAAUACUCUUUCGACACUAAGUCGCAAGCUUGGCAUGUUACUUAUGUAUUCCCCAGCUGUUGUGGGACUACUUUUCCAGGCAAUGAGCUGUCGCUCUAUGUACAAGGCAUACGGGCUGACAGCUUUGCUGUUGGGAUUUGGUCACUCGUGGGUCUUGCUGGCAGGUGUUGUAGGCGUCAUUGCAGUGUCUUGCCGUCACUGAAUGUUGGACUUGCACUAGGUCUUGGAUAUUCACUGUAUUUACUGUUCUAUUUAUUAGACCGAGGGACGUGUUUGAAAGCAUCAUUUUUUUAAUCUCGGUUUUAUUCAUUCAUAUUUUAUGCCUCUCUCUACCUGACUAAUUGUACACAUGUAUUCAGGUUCUAUAUUCUUCCUUAGCGUAGCCGGCCUCAUGUGUACCAGUGUGUGUUAUGGCCUAUAUUGACAUCCUGUUGUAAUCAAGAGAUCCCUCUACUCUAGCCAUGAGGUACUGGAAAGUGCAAAUCUACACAUUAAUUUUCAGUGUGGUAGUCUCCACCAUGCCAACAUUAUUUUCACCUUCAACUAAUUUAGGUCUCAAAGGCUGAGGCUGAGAUCAAGAUGCCAAGAAAUAAUUCAUGAUGUACGGUAUGCACUGAAUUAUUAAUUUUGUUGAUUUACUGUCUUUCUUGGGGGCUGUUUAUCAUGGUUAUACAUUAUUCCUGUUACCGGGAUACCUGUUCCUAUGACUGCUCCGUCCCUUUAAUGUUUAUAAAGUACACAUUAGUGAUUAUUACUCAGGCUGCUGGACACCUGAAUACUUCUCUGCUACUCCAUACCAUUCACUUCUUUAGGCUGAGUUCUUUUUAUGUGCUAUGUUUACCAGGCUGCUUGCCUUGCUGUUUCCUGUUCCACUGUAUCUCUUUCCUGAUGAGACCUUGGUAGUAUGGAUAAAAUGAAGGAUUGUGUCUCGUCUCUUCGCGGCAC